UCAGUAGUAUCAUUUGUAGGUUAAAUCUUGGAAGAAACCUAUCCAUUUUUUUCCCCUCUUUUUAUAUAUACAAGAGUUUAUUAGUUAUGGCAUUGAGCUCCCAUCCUAACAUGCAAUAAAAUCCCAAGGAGAAAAGGUAUAGUAUUGAAAAAGGAAAGAAAAUUAUUACAAGUGGAACCAAAAACAAUCAGACAGGGUUUAGAAUAUACAAUAUGCUAUAGGAAAUUUGACUUGGUCAGAAAUAGAAUAGGCCCUGCUGGCUUUCAAUUAAUCAAUUUAAAAUUCAACAACCAACAACAUUGCCAUGAUCCAUGAGUUAAGUGUAUUAUUUUAUUUUAAAGAGUUGGUAUAAGCUAUCUUAUGGACAUUUAAAAGGAGAACAAAGUUGAAUUAGUGAAGCUGAUAUGAGGUAGAGAGCCUUCUCAUCAUAUAUAUAAGCCUGCUUGAGUUUUUGAGUUUCUUAUAUCUUGUAAUAAAGAUGGGAAGAGCUCCUUGUUGUUCAAAAGUUGGAUUGCAUAGAGGUCCAUGGACUCCUCGUGAAGAUGCAUUGCUCACCAAGUAUAUUCAAGCUCAUGGAGAAGGCCAGUGGAGAUCACUUCCAAAAAGAGCCGGGCUUCUUAGAUGUGGAAAAAGUUGCAGACUGAGAUGGAUGAACUAUUUGAGACCAAAUAUAAAGAGAGGAAACAUAACACCAGAUGAAGAGGACCUUAUUAUAAGAAUGCAUUCACUUAUUGGAAAUAGAUGGUCCCUUAUAGCGGGAAGAUUACCAGGACGAACAGAUAACGAGAUUAAGAAUUAUUGGAACACUCAUCUCAUUAAAAAACUCAAAAAUCAAGGAGGAAUAACUGAUCCAAACACAAACAACAAGUUGACAGAUCCUGCUCAAGAAUCACCAAUGAACAAGAAAAAGAUCAAGAAUAAGAACAAGAAUAAAGGCAAGAAAAAAGUAUUAGAGUCAGAGAAGAAGACUUUAUUAUAUAUACCAAAGCCUAUAAGGGUCAAGACUUUAUCAUCUAUAAGUGCAUCAACAACAAGCCAAGAGGAAGAGCAAAGAACAGAAAGAAUAGAGGAAAACGGGGUAGGUAAAGAGGGAGAAAAUGACAGGUUUGGAUUAUUCUUUGCUGAACAUCACCAUGAGGACUUGGUCACCAACAGUGAUAUGGAAUGUCAAUCUGGUUUUCUUGAGAAGCUGUAUGAAGAGUACUUGAAUCUCUUGAAGAAUGAAGAGAAUAUUCAUGACAAUUAUUAGAUUCUUUUGCUGAGUUCUUAUUACGUGUGACACAAGUUAGUAGAUGUUUAUGUUUGUGUUUUUUAAUUAUUUGGUCGCCGGCCGAUUCGAUCUUGAGUAGUGUGUAUGAAAAAACGUAUGUUUGAGAAAGGUUAACCUUGAUGUCCAAAAUAAAAAAGAGAUCGAUUUUUUAAAUAA